CCUUUUCCUUCUCGAGGGGGGAACACAAUCAAAAAGCCACCGAGCCGAGAGAACCGCUCGCCAUGGCGCAACCAGGCUCCAGCUCUACGUCCGUGCCCCCCACGCCCUCCAAUGGCGACGUCUCCAACGUGAACCCAGAGCUUCUCCGCAGUAUGAUGGACUGUGUGGACACGUCGCUCUUCUCCCCCGCUCAAUUGGCCAACUGGACGCAAAUGAAGGCGCGACUCACGUCCGCAGUCGAGCACAAGACGCCCGUAUCGCUCACAACUGGCGACUUGGCCAUGGUCAAGACGGAAUUUGCACGCAACGAGGACUUCCGCCAGCCUCUGCACCGCGAGGCCAGUAUCCAGGACGUCCUGGCUUGUCUGCUGGACCAGCAGCCGCCGUCAGCGCGCUUGAUGAGCUCGCAGAACGCGGGCGGCAGCUUCCUCGUGAGCUCGGAGAACGCCAAGCAAGAAGUAGACAGCAAACCGUCGCUCAAGAAGCUUCUGAGCUCCAACGACUUCUCCAUGACGGAGAAGAAGGAGAGUCUUCGCCACUUACUGAGUUUCAUUGACAAUUCGUUUGCGAGCAACACGCCUGAGCCUUUGACGCAAGUUUACAAGGACUGUGAGGCCGGGACACUGCAGCGACUGUCGAGUCUGCAGCUCAUGAGGAGUUUUAUGACGCCGACUCCGCAAAAUACGGGGAAUACGCAGACGAAUGGAGGGAUGGGCACACGCACGACGAGUUUUGAGAUCAUCCAGGCCAUGCUGAACGCCACGUCCAACCAGGCGAUCCAGAAACCCAUGACGAGUCAGGACAGUUUCAGAUUCCAGCAUCUAGCCAGAACUCUGGAGUCUAUUGAGACGGACGUCUCUGCCAUUGACAACGAAGAUUACGGAGGCGACGACGUGGUGCAAGUGGAUAAUCUGGACAAUUUACUGGACUACCAUGGAUCAAACGGUGCGUCAGCUACCACUACAGCCACAAGCAAUGUACAGGCUUCGUCACAACCGCAGUCGGCGGGUUUCGUUGACACCCAGACGCUGCUGAACCCUCCGCCUCGUAACAUGUACUCAGAGAUGACCCCGCCUGUCUCAACGUAUGGUCAGUAUAUGGACAGCCAAGGCUACAACCCGACAGUGGCGACGCCUGCCAAUUUGCCUACAAUGGCCAUGACUCCGCAACAGAGUAUGUCGUACCAGCAGCAACAGCAACAGCAACAGAUUUUGCAGCAGCAAUUGAUGCGUCAAGAGCAGCAACAGAAACAACAGCAACAGUACAACCAGCUUUAUCAGAACGCGCUAUUACAACAGCAACAGAACGGACUCAUGAUGUCUGCGCCCGGAUACGUCGGCGCCAACCAGCCCAUGCCUCAGUUCCCCAGUAUGCUCAUGCAGCCUGGGGCCGCUUUACUCCCGCAGAAGCAGCAGAUGAGAGGCCUCCCACAGCAACAAAUGCGGAUAUCGACACAGAAUGGCAAGCCUAUCAAGACUGACGCUAAUGGAACGCAACUAUGCUCAGCACUGGGCUGCAACCACGCGGCGCGUGUUAAAGGAAUGUGCAAGCUACACGGUGGAGGAAGACGAUGCAAGGUGGAUGGAUGUAUGAAGAGCGCUCAGACUGGUCACUUGUGUAUUGCUCACGGUGGUGGCAAGCCUUGCAACGUUGAGGGUUGUCCGAAGACGGCACAGUCGCGAGGUCUGUGCAAGCAACACGGUGGUGGCGUGCGAUGCAAGUUCGAGGGAUGCACUAAGAGCUGCCAGUCCGGAGGAUUCUGUCGUGGUCAUGGCGGUGGUAAGCGAUGUGAAUACCCGAACUGUACCAAGUGGGCACAGAAGAACGGACACUGCGCGAAACACGCACAGGAGAUUGCCGCACAACAGCUACAGCAACAACAGGCGCUGCAGGCACAGAUGCAACAACAACUUGUGCACCCUUAGCGUGUUUUGAAUGAAGUAGCUAUCGACUAUCAGAUGCCGUACAAAGAGUAAAGAGACGCAGUGCUGAUACAGCGCAGCAGAUUAGGGGCGAGCAUGUAGGAAGUAGGUGGAUAUCAGCGAUGCUGCUCAAAUAAUAAAGCAACAGUCGGCUGAAUUGCAUUAUCAGCAUAAAUGAUGGUACGGUACUCUCUACGGGCGUGGUGGUACGUUAGAAGAGCUGAUUAGGCAGCCAGCCUCAUCACGACAUUCAGCAUAUACGUAAUUAGUGACUCGCUAGCUACUCCAACCAAAACUAAAAACGCGUUCCUCCAAACCUUUUCAAAACAAACAUUACGUG